GUUGUUAGAGAACUUCCAAGGGACCUGCCAGUCGGGUGGCUGCUAAUCCCGUCUUUUGACGGAUCAAAAUUUGAUCUUCCCGGGUGCCACGAAGGCUUUUGUUAUCAGUCUAGCGCUCGCCGUACACAGAGCUCACUCCAAAACACAAUGUGAAAUCAAUCUGGUAAUGCGGUUGCUUGUAGUUGAUCCGCUCUGCGCGUAACCAAUCUAUUCCUUCCACCAUUGUAGCGGGAUUGCCCAAAGCCAAGAGCUUAGUGGAAGCCUGGCAAUGAUAGCCAACAUCAACCCUCUUAUCGAGCUGCGGUGGGGAACAGCGCCAGAGAUGCAGGAAGUUAAAAACGACUCAUCUACAGAACCAAGAAGACAUACAAACCAAAUCCCCUCUGAUCUAACAUGAACACAGAACGUUCGUCUGAAGUUCGCAUGGUCCAUGAUAUGCUCCAGGAGCAUAACAAGAUGGAUCCCAUCGUGAUUGACCGGGAUAUCCUGCGCGACGCCGACGCCAACUCGAGGGUCAAAGUGCACCCGUGUAACUGGAACGGGUGCGACAUGCACGUUGGUGUCGAGCACAAGCAGGUCGCCAAACACCUUCAGCAACAUCACGGUAUCAAUGCCAGCGCUACGAGCAAGGAGACGAAGGAAAUUGUCUGCCUUUGGAAGGGUUGUCUCGACUCCCACACGAAACCAGGCAAUCUCACACGUCAUAUACUUAAACACAUUGGAGUACGGCAUAUUUGUUUGACGUGCCAGCGUUCAUUCUCGCGGGAGGACGCCUUCCGGAGACAUACUACUGAAAAGGAAUGUUGCCAGGAUGCGGAAGUCGCUGUUUCGUAUGGAGCCGAAGUACGAGCAAUUGACACAUUGUGCAUGGACAGUGGUUGGUCGAUCAGCCAAAAUGUCAUGUGCAUCCCCUUGUAAUUUUCUCAAGUUGAUGUAGCCGAGCGGUGUUAUCUUACAGUACUAGUAAUGUCCCUAUUGUUUUGCGUUUCGACCUUACAUCAUAUAUGCAUCUCCCUAUAGCUCCUGCCCAUAAUCAGUAAUCACGAUUGUCCUACCGUAUACUCCUACUUAGUUGAUCCUAUCUACUAUUUAUAUUGGAAC